UUAACAUUCUGUCUCGACUGUCUCUGUCAACCUGCAUGGGUCUCCGCCUCAGACUGUCUUUCAGCUGCUUUUCCAAACCUAAGUCUGCAUUUUGCUUUUUUCCUUCAUAUUUGUCUGAUAGGUUUGCCGUGUUUGAAGAUGGCCAAAGACAAGCAGAUAGUUUCUGACGUUGAAGACUGUUUUCAGGAACCUGGGCCGACUGUCACUUUCGCCAGGCUACAUUACUGCAUUCAAGAGAAGAAGUUCUGUCGCAAGAUAGGUCCUGAAAAGCAUAUUCUCAGAGAUGUAAGUGGCAUCAUGAGACCAGGGAUGAAUGCUAUAAUGGGGGCCACAGGAAGUGGUAAAACAUCACUCCUGGAUGUAAUAGCAGGUAGAAAAGAUCCAGCUGGACUGCGGCAAGGAACCGUACAAGUGAACGGAAAACCUGUCACUUCUGAACUCAGGCUCAGCUCUGCUUAUGUGGUACAGGAUGAUGUUGUGAUGGGCACUCUAAGCGUGAGAGAGAACCUUCUGUUCAGUGCCAACUUGCGUCUCAACCCAAAGCAUUACUCCUCUGCUGAUAAACAGAAAAGGGUGAACUCCAUCUUACAAGACCUGGGCCUUGUGGACUGUGCUAACACUAAGAUAGGAACUGAGUUCCUGCGUGGCGUAUCAGGAGGGGAGAGGAAAAGGUGCAGCAUUGGGAUGGAGCUCAUAACAUCUCCUUCGCUGCUGUUUCUGGAUGAACCAACAACAGGACUGGAUUCCAACACUGCGAACUGCAUCAUUGGUCUACUGCACAAGCUGUCUCGAAGAGGUAAAACUGUAAUCUUCUCCAUCCAUCAACCGCGCUACUCUAUCUUCAAACAGUUUGACCACUUGACCCUGAUGCAUAAAGGAGAGAUUGUGUACGCUGGAGCAGCAGAUCACACCCUGGAAUAUUUUACAGACCUCGGGUAUCAAAUUGAGUCUUUUAACAACCCUGCUGACUUCUUCAUGGACAUCACAAAUGGAGAAGCAACAUCCACAAAGCAAUCACAGACCCCAGAGGGCAAAAACUGGUUGGCAAUGAAGUAUUGUGACUCCCGCCUGUACCAGAACGUGAUGCAGGAGCUGGACCAUGGGUAUCAGAGCAUUAAUGAUGUGGGCAACAGAGAAGAAGAGGCAGCCAACUACGCUACAUCCUUCCUGUAUCAGAUGCGUGUGGUGUGUGGGAGGACAGUCCUGAACCUUUUAAGGAAUCCACAGACCUCUUAUGCCCAACUUGCUCUCAAUAUAUUUUUUGCCAUUCUGGUGGGACUAAUUUACUACCAGAUGCCUCUGACGCUGCCAGAGGGCUUGCAGAACAGGAGUGGAGCAUUCUUCUUCCUCAUCAUAAACAUGGUAUUUGGGAAUCUUUCUGCUGUCGAACUCUUUAUCAAUGAAAGGGCAAUCUUCAUUCACGAGAACUCCAGUGGCUAUUACAGAACAUCUGUCUACUUCCUGUCCAAGAUCUUUGCUGAUCUCAUCCCCAACCGCAUCAUUCCCAUCUUCGUAUUUUCAGCCAUCGCCUACUACAUGAUGGCGUUGAAGCCUGCCUUUGUGGCCUUCCUCUGCUUUGCUCUGACUAUGUCUCUGGUCAGCCUGGGAGGAGUUGCCCUCGCCUUCCUAGUCUCUGCCAGCGUAUCAACGUUUGCAAUGGCUAACAUCCUGAUUGCCUUACCGUUUGUCUUCAUGAUGGUCUUCGGUGGUUUUCUUGUCAAUCUCAACUCCAUGCUGAGCUGGUUGUCUUGGUUGAAAUGGAUCAGUAUAUUCAGUUAUGGACUAAACGCUGUAUACAUCAAUGAGAUGACAGGACAGAUUUUCUACAGCAACAACUCCAUUGUCCCAGGGGAGGCAUUUCUGGAAAGCAUGGACAUUGACUACUCUGUAUGGGGCUUCUGGCAGAACGAGGUGGCUCUGUUGGGAAUCAUUGCUGUCUGCAUGACGCUGGCCUACGUUCAGCUGCUGCGAAUCAACCGUUGGAAGUGAUGUCAACCCAUCUGUUCAUGCUUUUAUUAUUAACCAUAUAUGUUAUAUUGUGACUUUUUAAUUAACAGACAGGGAAACAUGUUUUAAAAUUUUCUCUAUUAUAUAUUUCUUUCUUUUCUCUGUUUGCAUUACCAGAUAAAAAUUAGAUAUUUAUUUAACAGCGCACGUGGAAUCUCACAGAAUGACACACCCGCAUUAAAAACACGUGUUGUAACAUUUGACUCUCUGGCUGAUAAGCUGCUACUUAGCACACUUGAUAUGGGCACGAGUGAGUGUCUGACAAGAGGCGAGCCAGCAUCUAAUUCCUCACAAAGCUACUUACAGUGAGUGAGCUAACAUUAGAUGCAAGGAAGAAAAUAUGUAUAUAAGUCACGGUUGUCUUAAUUUAACAAAUAUUUGUUGUGUGGUUUGGGCUUAACAAAAAUCUGUUUUGAUGUUUAAAGCCUAUUUUGAGUCUGGAACCUUUAUUUUGAAAGACAGGCAGAAAAUAUUUUAUAUCACUGGUUGAAGUCCUUUGUUUAUGUGGACCUUUGAUUUACAAUAAUCUGUCCUAAAAUUUGAGAUGUUUAUUUUAAAGAGGUUUUUUCAUUUUUCAUCGCUGCCUUAACUAAGUUUUUACUGCAGGACCUACAUGUUGUAUAAUCUAAACAAUGAAAUACUGAGGCCUCUUUUGAAAAGUGUGUGUAGCCUUAUUUGUAAGGGCAUCAUAAGCUAUUUUUUAGAAUUAGUAUAGUUCUUUUAGUUAAGUGCCUCCAGAACCUAUUCAAUGAAAUAUGUAGACUUUUAUUUUGAAGUUUAAUUUGAAGCUUUACUUUGAAAAGCCAACAUAACUGAGUAGGCCUUUAUUUUGAAAAGUAUGUAAGUAUGGAGAAUAUGAAAGGAGCUCCAAAAAACUUUUGCUUAGGGCCUCAUAUGAACUCAAACCAUCUCAGGUGAAACAUGGAUGUCUCUAGCAGAAUUUGACAAGCAAACAUAAACUUGAUGUAGACAGAGAUCCAUAUUCUUUUCAUAAUGAAUUUAAAAUUGACAUCAGUUGACCGAAGGCUAUACAUGAUUUAUAAUAUAAACCAUAGAGUGAAGUUAUUAUAUGCUGUAAAGGUAGAGCAGAAAGCAAAAAAUAGGUAACAUAGUAGAAAAACAUUCUGCAGUAUCCAAUUUCCCUUUAUUUUCACUUUAAAGAAUUACAUUUAUUAUCUUAUUCUCUUUUGCCAAUAUGGCACAGUUUGAAAUUUCUGUUUGGAACUUACCAAGAACCCCCCAGAUAGACACUUUAAUAAAAUGCAACAAUUUAAGCGCUUGUGUAUUGGUUAAUGAAUAAAUGUAAUAAAUAUGUUCACUUUGACUUCUAAUCCAAGCUGUGCAAAAACAUGACAUUUUAUUUGCUCUUUAGGCUUCAUUGGUUCGAAAGCAUUGUUAACCCUUUUAGCUUGUAAUAAGUCUAUUUUGGGGGCAAAUGUACAAUGACAGAAAAAUACAGCGAGGUAAUGGAGAAUGGAUGUACAUGGCAGAAUUUUCCUACAUACAAUAUUUAAAAAAACGGAAGAAAAAACAUUUAAUUCUCCAUAAUGUAUGUUUGGGGAAAUGACAUCACAAGAGCUGCAUGAAUCAACUGGAUUUGUUGGCAUUAAUAAGCGUCAUGGACAGAAUACACCUUUAAAGCUGGAUAAAAAUAUGUCAGUAACAAGGAAAGCAAAAAGAUACAUAUAAAUGGAUGUAGUCAAAAAAAAAUCAACUACCUUAUGUGAUGUCACCAGAGGGAUGUUUUUAGGAGUGUUAGAGUUCAUCUUGAUCAGAUAACACUUUACGACAAAAUAGCAAAACAAAUGGAAAAACUCACCAUGACAUGUUGUUCUAUAGGUCACAAAUUAUACAAACAUUUAGUCCAAUUAAUUUUUUUGGAACACUGUGGCUUGUAGGUUUAAUAAACUCAAAUAAAUGCAUAAAAGGUAAAGAAUGUCUACAGGAAAAUAUUUGGUAAUCAUCAAAUAGUCAUUUCUAGUCUUAUUUCCAUAUCUCUUGCUUUUCGUCUUUUAACCCAAGUCAAAAAACAUGUUUUAAAAGCGAUAACGUGUCAUUUUAAAAAUGGUAUUUUUGCAAUCAAUGACAGUGAAACCGAGGUCCUUCUGCAACAAAUAGAGCUAUAGUUUUAAAAUUUUAA